GGAAUCAGAGGAAGACUUUGUCUCAGCCAUAGUCCACUCCAUCUGUCUUUGUUCUGUAUUCUUGCUUGAAAUACCACCAUCUUUACCCAUUUCUUUCCGCAUCGCUCAUGACGGAGGCAUCCGUCGAAUACAUCGCCGCCUCGGCGAACAGAUUUCAUCAUGCGGCAGUUAAUGACUCGUCCUCUCUCAUCGUCUAUGGCUCUGGAAAGUUUGUUGCGCUCUGGGAUACUGAGGAUCCUUCCGACCGGGGCGUUUACUCCACUCUUGUUGGCCACACUGGCCUCGUAACCUGCUUGAAAUUUAUCGAUGGUCCGCAGGGUAGGCUUGUCAGUGCAGAUGACACGGGAAAUGUUAGGAUAUGGAGAAGAGAGGGGACCAAGUUCAAAUCUACUCUGAACGUGCAAGCACAUUCGAAAUCGAUAUCUGCACUUGGAUAUCACGAAGGAUGUUUGGUGACAGGGGCUUCAGAUUCUUCAAUCAAGGUGUGGCAACUGGGUCCUGAUGAUGACUUGAAGGAGGUGCAAACGAUUUCACUCAAGAAUAAAUAUCCCCUCUCUGUGGAGCUUGAUUUCCUUCCUGGUACUAAAGCCAGAGUACUCGCUAUCGGCACAACGAGCCCAAGCAUCCAGAUCUAUACUCGUUCAGAGGAUCAGUUCGUUCUAUCGGCGACGCUUUCUGGCCACGAAGACUGGGUCCGUUCGCUCUCAUUCCGACCACCAUUGACAUCCCAAGACUCUGCUGUACGGUCAGACCCUCUGAUUCUCGCCUCCGGUGCUCAAGAUUCUACCAUCCGUCUGUGGAAUAUCGAACCAUUUUCAGCCCAAAAGUCGGAUCGUCCCGACAACCAGGGAAAACCUCAAUUGACGGAUGAGUUGCUUGAUGCCUUCGAAGCGUCGUUGGGUGAAUCGAAUGCCGAAGAGGGUGGAAGACAGAUCUCGUUGAAGAAGCAUGUACUGACCAUCACAGGCGACGAUGGGAGUCCACAGCAGUUCUCAGUCACCUUCGAUGCACUCCUCGUAGGCCAUGAAGCUGGUGUAACUUCUCUAUCAUGGCGACCGGACCUAUCAUCCUCAUCAUCUACGAACGGAUCAUCACCCCCAUUGACUCUCCUGUCCACAUCAACAGACUCAUCCCUCAUCCUCUGGUCUCCCUCCCCCAUCCUCACCACCCCAAAUCAGCCAACCGAAACAACGACAAUCUGGGUCAACCGUCAACGUUUCGGAGACGUUGGCGGUCAACGAUUGGGAGGUUUCGUCGGUGGGAUCUGGGCCAGGAGUGGGAAGGAGGCACUUGCGUGGGGAUGGGCGGGCGGGUGGAGGAGAUGGAGGGCCGACGAAUCUUCUGGUGCAGGAGGUGCGGCGGAGAUGUGGACUGAGGUUGGAGCGGUUACAGGACAUGCGGGUCCUGUUAGGGGCAUAUCGUGGGCUCCAAACGGAGAGUAUCUCGCUUCGACUGGAAUCGACCAAACGACGCGUAUACACGGCGCUAUUCCCUCCUUGCUACCGGCUGGAACGAAGGCAGUAGCAUGGCACGAGCUCGCGCGUCCUCAAGUACAUGGAUACGACCUCGUCGGGGUCGCCUUCAUCGAUGUACUCAAGCUCGUUAGCGUCGCGGAUGAAAAAGUAGCCCGCGUUUUUGAAGGUCCCAGAGCAUUUGUGAAGACCGUCAAGGGUCUAGAUGUUGCUGACCUUGGAGUGGAUGAGGCGGAUCGGCCAGUCGGAGCCAGCGUCCCACCUCUUGGGCUGUCAAAUAAGGCCACCAACGAUACCAACGCGCAGCCUUUUACCUUUGACGGCGAGGAUGAACACCUCAGACGCCCAUUCGAAGGAGAAUUAGCGGCCAUGACUCUAUGGCCCGAGAUUGAAAAGGUCUUCGGACACGGUUACGAGUCAAUCACAGUCUCCAUCUCAAACUCGCGCAAACUCAUGGCCACAGCCUGCAGAGCCACAACCGCAAAACACGCCGUCGUCCGCCUCUACGACACCGAGAAAUUCCACAGCGUUGGCGAACCUCUCGAAGGCCAUGCUCUGACCGUAACUCGGAUCGCGUUCAGCCCAGAUGAUAGACACGUUCUGACUGUCUCGAGAGACCGGACGUGGCGAUUGUUCAGAGUCAAGGAGGAAGGCGUGGGAUACGUCCCUGUCGCCGCGGACAAGUCCCACACCCGUAUCAUCUGGGACUGUUCGUGGUCUCCCCAAGGCGAUAUAUUUGCAACAGCUUCGCGUGAUAAAACGGUGAAGAUAUGGACAUUAAAAGAGACCACUGACGCAGAAAAGUGGACGGCGACGGCGACAAUCAAGUUGAAGGAAGCGGCGACGGCAGUGGCAUUUGGGAAGGACCACGACAGCCAACGCGUCCUUGCCGUAGGUCUCGAGACGGGCCACAUCCAUAUCUACACGGGCGCCACUCCAGCCAACUGGACGCUCUCGACGAUUGUCAACCCUGGGAUGGCGCACAUAGACCAGAUCUAUCAGAUGGCAUGGCGGCCGGACGUGGGUGAGAACGAAGAAUUGAGACAUUUGGCGAGCUGUAGUGAAGAUGGUACAUUGAGAAUACUAAGCAUCCGGCUAGGUAGAGGUUGAGAAUUAAAAUGAGGACCUAACACCAUCAUUUGGGGAGGGGGGUGGGACGCGUGCAGGAUGAGAAGAGGGUGCGGUGAGGUGUGGCGUGUGGUGUGGGCGUUAAUACGUGGGAGCGUUAAAAGGGUGGGAGGGGACGAACGAAACACAAUUCGGAAACGAAACAAGACGAGCAUCCAAGGACAAAAGACAAAAGACAGACGGACAAUCGAGAAAGCAAGCGGAGGGACAAAUUAUACAGUAUGAGCGAAGCAAGCAAGCAAGAUUGGAUUGGCAGAUGAUGAGAUCGAUAUCAUCCCCCGAUCUCGUAGCGAGACCGGAAGGGGGCUGGGUGCGAGUAAGGAGACAGAGUUUAGUUAUGUUGUGGGUUGCAGCAGGAAGAGGGUAUAGCACAGAAUGUACGAGACUCAGGGUGAUAUAACAGCAGCGGAGAAGAAACGAGAUAGCAAGAGCAGCUUUAGGGAUACAAGAAUCGAGACAAAGAAAGAAAAGUCAUUCAAACGAUAUCGCGCAGACUCAUGGGAACUUCAGGGCAUUUAAUCUUAUAGAAACAUUCUAUGGAGCGAAGCAUUUCAACGUCGCCACCGGUAGCGGUGACGAAGUUCACGAUGACCCCUGCACGAGCAUGGGUAGGAGCGAUCGCAGGCGCAACACGAUGGGCGUACUCCUCAACCGCCUUGGGUAAAUCAUAGUUAAUGAUGAGUGGGAUAUGAGAAAUCUCUGGGCUCUUGAUCUGGACGUCGUAGACAACGAGGGCCUUGCUCGUAAGCGGACGCAUAAGACCGCUCGCAGUGCCACGGAACUUGUUCAGGGCUGUAAGCUUAGCAGCUGCGUUCAUAUCACCGUGCAUCGGGAUAGCAUCCAAACCCCGACUCGCCAAUCUAUAGACGACAGCAUCCAACGCGGCCAUACCGCCUACGUGGACGAUCGCCUGUCCUACCUCGAUAUCUUCAAACAAAUCACUCAACGCGUCAAGCUUCCACUCGCGGGCUUGCACAGUUUCAGCGUUCGUCGAACCACGGCCGGAACCGAUAAUCCCGAGUCCACUACCGGACGACGAGGAGACCGAAUCCGAGCGACCUCCUGCUGUGAGAGCAAGGUAUAGAUAAAAUUGGCGAAGACCACGAGCCCCUUGGGUUGUGUCCGCAUGUGUGACGUUCCCGUCGCGCCUAACGAGAACGCGUACAGGUUCUCUGAGCUGGAUAGCGGUAGCGAGGUUGAGAACAUCCUGAGGAACAGUGUUCGAGAACAGAGCGGUCUGCCUUUCGAUUGUCCCCGAUGGACCGGUAAUUCCUUCGGAUGGAUUUGGUGAGGUGCUCAGGCCCGAAAACCUGCGUCCGUUGGAUGGGAAAGGAGCUGACAACGACGACGGACUUGAGUCCAUUGAGGACAGCGAAGUCUGAGACGAAGAAGUCAGGUUUCCAAGUGGGCGACUACGUGGUGCGGGAAGAAGCUUGACGAUGUUGAAGAUGAAUUCAUGCAGGUUACGAGCAAUAAGCUGAUCAACUUCAUCCAGAACGAGCAACCGAACCUGGGAUCCGACCAGUCCUCCAGGCGCAGUGAAGAGAGCGUGGAGCUUCUGUGGUGUGCCGCAGAUAAUAUGUGGCAUAUUUUGCUGGAGCAAGCGUAACUCUUGAGUGAGAUCAGUGCCCGCAGAGGGCGAGCCGACACCAAGAGCCGAGCGUAUACCGAUAGGACCUCCCAGAUCGCGGAUCAUGCGUUGAGCCUGGGUAGCUUGGUCCACCGUCGUUGACACCAUGACCACCACGGGUCCACGAGGGGCCGGACGGCCGGUUGUAUUGACGAGGGCGACGUGAAUGGCUGGGAUCACAUAUGCGGCAAUACGUUCCUGUGUCGGUGGUGCCUGCGCAAUGAUAUCCGCUCCACGGAGCAAAAACGGAAGGGCGCGUUGCUGAAUCUUGUUCGGAGGACCUACGCCAAACUUAGUCAGUGAGUGAAGUAGCUCAGGAGCGAGAGCAAGCUGGUCCCACUUUGAUAGUGCAGGGCCUUCACGGGAAGACCCCGACAAGACAUCAACACCGGCAGAAUCCCGUCGCAUAAGAUUGGACACGGAGCGACGUUUGUCACGCAAUAGCGAGUCGGGACGACCUAAGGAGCCCGCACCAUCAGGCGGCCGCACGGGAAGAUCGAGGCUGCCUGCAGACCAAGUGCGUGCCGGAGGAUUAGGAGUCCUAGACGGUCCACGAAGAUCGGGCCGGUUGGGUAGUCCGUGGCCGAUGAUAGCAUUCGAGGCGGGAGGCAGCAUUUGAUUCGGCGCAAUGUCGAUCUGAGAAGGACUGAGAGCAGAAAGAGGACCACCUCCGAGGCCGGCGUUGUUGGCUUGCAUAUGUUGCUGAGUCUGCAGAGCGAGGAGUUGCCCGACCGAGCUCGUAAGCGUAGUGAGGCGCUGCGAUAUCUGCGUGAUAUCGUCCGAAGGUUGAUUGGGAGCCAGGGAGAUCGAUGGACGGGAGCCAUUGAGCGGUAUAGAAGGUGUAGAUGGCGCGAACGGGUUCUUGAACUCGGGUUGAGAGAGGGGUUGCGCAGGAGAUUGAGUCGCCUGAUUCAAUAUUCGCUCCACCAGAAAAUCCAUCUUGACGUGUAGAUCGCUUACUUCCCUCUGUAUCUCCUUGGAAGUCAUCUCGCUACGAGCGAGACGGUCCAUCAACUCAUUAAUUAGGGGGGAAGACCUGAGCUGCGCCUCGAAACCCGACGAAUGCUCGAUGCUCGAAGCGGGCUGACUACCCGAAUCCAACGACGACACCGGCGAGGAGGAAGUCACGAUGACAUGAGCUGGAUAAGGCGACCGUGAGGUGUUACGGAUGUUCAUGGCCGAGCCCUGGCGCAACAGAGGGGUACCGGUACGUGGCAUGAAGCCCUCGUCACUCUUGGCGUUAGAAAACCUGUCCUCCGCGCUAGAGAAGGUGUCGACGCUGCUCGAAAGACUCGAUUCACGGACGAGACGUGUUUCGUGUGGUAGGAAAGCCUUGUCGCUGUCGAACGAACGAGGUGUGGGAGACUCCUGCAUCCAGUCCGGACCUGGCGGAGACUGCUGGAAACGAAUGCCCGCGUUCUGAGAGCCAUUAGGAGCGUCCGAGUUGAAGGAUGGGAUAGGAGAGGACCGAAGAGAGCGGUAGUCGGUCGGAGAGAUGGAGAGCGAGAUACGAUCCUGGUCGUGAUUGCCCGUGGGUGAGGCGAAGGCCAUGGUGGGGCCGCCGUCGUCGUCUACAGAGCGCAUUCCGCCCGGGAAGAAUGGCAUCGACGUCGGGUUCAAAGCAGCGCUCUUUGCCAUGAUCGCUCAAGCGCGUUCAAAGGAAGCACGGCUGAAGACGAUCGUGCGGUCGGAUAGUGAUGACGCUCGGUCAGUGUUCGCUGUCGGUGGUUAGAACAAGGGAAAUGAGCGUGAUCUUAGACAGAUCCCAUGUGCAGGCGAGCACAGACGAACGACG